UCACACCGACUCCGAUUCACUGGUGUUUAUUUUUUAAUGUUGCUUGCAGAUAUUAAUGAGUGUGCGGAUCCAGCAAUGAAUCAGUGUGACCCAAACGCAGAGUGCCUGAACUCGGAAGGCUCCUACAGCUGUGAGUGCAACCCCUAUUACAGAGGGAAUGGGACACAUUGUGAAGGAUGUUUUUGCCCACCAGAAAUUAUCCCGGGAACAGCGAACCAGCCGGCUGUAUCAGGGCAUCCCUGCCCCUGUGUAUCAGGCUUUAUCACGUCCAAUAACUUCCCGAGUCUGUACCAGAACAGCGCAGACAUGUACUGGUUCUUCAACAUGGCCCAGUUGUCUAACGCCACUCGACAGUACACAGGAAUCCGAUUCCGGGUGGAGUCACUCUCUGUGGUGUCCCUGGAGGAUUACAUCUCCUUUGGAUGUGGAACAGAUCCCGAUCGACAGAAACAGUUCACACUGACCCAGAAAAACUUGAACAUCACGACCUUUCACCUCUCUGAUUGCACAGACUCCUGGGUCCAUUUCCACUCUGGCCCCAAUGUGCCGAACACAAGAUUCAAAAUUUACUAUGAAAUGGAAUCUCUGAGUUUGACCUCCAUCUCCACCACCAGUGCUGUGAUCUCCUGGGCCCCUCUUGGGAGUGUGAGUGCUCUGAGGGGCUGCAGUCUGAGCUACUACAGCAUUGGGAGCCCCAGCACUGUCCACACUGUCAGCCUCGUCCCAGUCAGUACAGAGGCAGUGAUCACAG